GAAAACAGGGGUGAUGUGUGUGCUUUGAAUUCAAAGCUGGGUGGGUCUACAGUGUUUCACAUUCCCAAGUAACUCCCGCGCCGUGCGUUAAAGCGCUAUCAGUUUUCAGAAGGCCACGAUGUUGAUGCUGGCAGGAAUCGUCGCUCUGCACAUUACGACCAUCAUCCUGCUCCUGGUGGCCACCAUUGAUAAUGCCUGGUGGAUCACUGACUCCGUGUCAACCGACUUGUGGGGCAGGUGGGAGUUGACGAACUCAGUGUGGCAUUACACCAACCUGAAAAACUACCCUGAAGAAUACCUCCAGACGGUGCAGGCCACUUCAGUGCUGGCCUGUAUUUUUACCAUCCUGGCCCUGUUUGUGUUUGUGGCUCAGCUGUUCACUCUGCCCAAAGGCCAGAGGUUCACCUUCACUGGCAUUUUACAGCUAAUCGCCUGCCUCUGUAUAAUGAUAGCUGCCUCCAUCUACACGGCUGAGCUUCACACCAGUGACACACAGGGAAGGUACGGCCACUCCUACGUCCUGGCAUGGAUCUCUUUCGUCCUCACCAUCCUCCUAGCAAUCACCUACCUCGUCCUGCGGAAAAAGAGCGAGUGAGAGCAUAAAAAGAAUGACGGCAGGGCUCAUGUUCCUCCUGAAUAUGGGAAAUUAACGCGUAGGAUUUAUGUCAAAAAAUUUAAAAAACAAAAACAACAUUGCUGUACACCAUCUGCAGCUCGGAACAUGGGAAAACGUUCAAAUGCUAAUGAGCCAUUUGUUUACAUUUGAAUAUUAUAAAUUGAAAUGGAUCACAUGCUAACAUUACACAAAAGGCUGACAUUGACCAUUUUUUCCCCACUGAUUUAAAUUUUCCACACAGGGCGCAAACUAAUAAGGAACUCAAAAGUGCCAACUUCAUAGCAGUUCAACCACAAAAGAGCUAAUAAAUCAGUCAUUUCUAUUGUCUUUUAAAUGGUAGCUACAUGUAGAUCUGGAGAACUCAGUCUGCACCUAUAAGUGCUUUAAAGGGAACAAUUUAACAUAUUGAGGAAUAUUCUUAUCCUUGUUCUUACUUUUUUGCUGAAAGAUGACACCAGUUUCAUGUCGAUCUGUAAAAUAUAAAGCUACAACCAGUUGCUGGUUUGCUAAACCUCACUUGAACGCUCACCAAGUAGUGCCUUAUGACUCAUUUAUUUGAAUCAUACAAACAUUUAUUGUAAAAAUAAAAAGUUAUGGUUUUGCAAUGCAGUUGUGCAGGAAUAUUUCUAGACUGGGUGCAAACAAAUGAGAAACUGGUGCUGGUAGAUGGGUUUUGUUACCUGUAGAGACCGCCAGACAAGCUCUUUUUGCAUUUCCAGUCUCAAUACUGAGUUAACUGGCUGCUGGCUAUAUUGUGACAUUAAGGAUACAGACAUAAGAGUGAUUCUCAUUAGCCACGCAGCAAGAAAGUGAGAAAGCGCAUUCCCAAAUGUUAACUAUUCUUUCAAGAAUCUACCAAAGUUAAAGUGAGAAGGGUAAUUCCCUCAAAAAAAAGCCCUUGUGUCAUACUGUAGUUAAAAAUACUCUAAAGUGUAUCUGUUAUAAUCAUGUUAUGAGGCUGAGAGCGACUACUGCAGUUUUCCAGAGCUGAGGAGUGAAAAAAAAAUACUGUAUCCGAGAAGGUACGGCAUUUUGGGAAAACUACAACAUUCCUGUUGUAGUACUUGAACAAUCAGGAAAAACAAGCCUUAAUUUACAGUACAAGUAGUUUUAAUCAUGUAUCAUUCUACGACUGAAGUAUAAUGUAUCCUUUUUUGAAUCUAUGUACAUUGUAACCAUUAUAUUUUUGUAGCAUUUUGUAUUGAGUGUCUUUUUUUUAACCUUGUUUAAUUUUGUGUCUGUAGUCAGCUGCUAUCAUAAGAAAAGUACAUGCAUUUGUACAAGUGAACAUAAAGUGAACCAGGGAUGGAGGACAAUGGUGUUUCAUUUCACCAUAAUACAGAACUAUGCAAUAGAAGGUUGUGUUUGUUAUUUGCAUUGGAAUUUAAGCCAUGUCAUUUAUGAAUAAAACAAAUUAUAACACAAA